CGAGAUUUCGCCAAGAUUCCAUCGGAGCUGCGAAACGGAGACGAGAGGAGAGUGGAGUGGAGAAGAGGAGUAAUUUGCGAUGGAACGGAAGCGUUUACAUCGACAAAUGGCCGUCGCCACGUCUUCUUGGCUUUUCGGCUUGCUAACACUGGGCGUCAUACUCCAUGCUGCCUCCGGGGCUCAACCGCGGAGCCUUUCCCCAGAGAAUCUUCUGGUCAUCACAGCUGCAACAGAGGAGACAGAUGGCUUCCUGCGCUUCAUGGGGACAGCCAGAGAGUUUAACUACACUGUGAAGAUUCUGGGCUUGGGGGAAGAAUGGAAAGGGGGUGACGUUGCUCGUACGGUGGGCGGCGGGCAAAAGGUGCGCUGGCUGAAAAAGGAGCUGCUCAAACACUCGCAGCGGGAAGACCUGGUGGUCUUGUUUGUGGACAGCUACGAUGUUGUAUUCGCUUCGGGUCCUGAGGAACUCCUGUACAAAUUCUCCCGGCUUGGCCACCGCGUGGUGUUCUCCGCUGAAGGCUUCUGCUGGCCAGACCAGAGGCUGGCACCCAAGUACCCCACCGUGCAUUCGGGGAAACGGUACCUCAACUCGGGAGGGUUCAUAGGCUUCGCGCGCGAAGUCAACAACCUGGUCCAGCAGUGGAAGUUGAAAGAUGAUGACGAUGACCAACUCUUCUACACCAAAAUCUACUUGGAUCAGACGCAGCGGACCAAAUUCAAUAUGACGCUGGACCACCGCUCCAGAAUUUUCCAGAACCUCAACGGCGCCGUCGAUGAAGUCGUCCUGAAGUUUGAGAAGGCCAGAGUCCGCGUGAGGAACGUCGCCUACGACACACUUCCUGUCGUCAUUCACGGCAACGGACCCACCAAGCUGCAACUCAACUACCUGGCUAAUUACGUCCCCACGGCGUGGACGUACGAGGAGGGCUGCGGCAACUGUGACGACGACCUCAUUUUCUUUGAUGAAGUAGACGACCAGGAGAUGCCACUGGUGCACGUGGCUGUGUUCAUCCACCACGCCACACCCUUCAUGGAGGACUUCCUGGAGCGGCUGACCACACUCAACUACCCUUUAUCGCGCAUCCACCUUUUCAUCCACAACAAUGUGGUGUACCACGAGCAGCACAUUCACAAGUUCUGGCAGCGCCACCGUUCUCUAUUCCCCAACGCCGCGCUGGUCGGACCCGAGGAGAACCUUCAGGAGGACCGUGCUCGCAAGAUGGCUGUGGAGGCGUGUCGGAAGGACUCCAGCUGUGAUUACUACUUCAGUAUCGACUCGGAUGUUGUCUUGACCAACCCCGACGCCCUGAGGAUCCUCAUGGAGGAGAACAAGUCUGUCAUUGCGCCAAUGCUGUCCAAACCCGGUAAGCUGUGGAGCAACUUCUGGGGUGCCCUGAGCGCCGAAGGCUUCUACUCCAGAUCGGAAGACUACAUCGAGAUUGUUCAAGGGAAGAGGAUCGGCCUGUGGAACGUUCCAUACAUGUCACAGGCCUACCUGAUCAAAGGCAGCGUGCUGCGCUCCAAACUGGCCAAGGUUAACCUGUACGUGGACCCGAACUUAGACCCGGACAUGGCGUUCUGUCGGAGGGUCCGAGAGCAGGGAGUGUUCAUGUUCGUGUCCAACCGCGACGACUUUGGCCGUCUGGUGUCGUCCAACAACUAUAACACGUCCAGGCUGCACCCGGACAUGUGGCAGAUCUUUGACAACCCUCUGGAUUGGAAGGCCAAGUAUGUCCAUGGGAACUACUCCAAGAUUUUUGAGGACCCCAAAAGCUUUGUGGAGCAGCCGUGUCCGGAUGUGUACUGGUUCCCGGCCUUCUCUGAAAAAAUGUGCGACGACCUGGUGGAGACCAUGGAAGACAACGGCGAAUGGUCCGGCGGAAAGCACAAGGACGAGCGUCUGGCCGGUGGCUACGAAAACGUUCCUACCGUGGACAUCCACAUGAAUCAGAUCGGAUUCGAGAAGGAAUGGCUGAAGUUCCUUAAAGAGUACAUUGCACCCAUUACGGAAAAACUCUAUCCCGGAUACUCACCGAAGGCUCAGGCUAUCAUGAAUUUCGUGGUGCGCUACCGUCCCGACGAGCAGCCAUCUUUGCGGCCGCAUCACGACUCGUCCACGUUCACCGUCAACAUCGCCCUCAACAGCAAGAACGUCGACUACCAGGGCGGAGGUUGCCGGUUCCUGCGUUACGACUGCAAGGUGGAGUCGCCCAGGAAGGGCUGGUCCUUCAUGCACCCUGGCCGCCUGACUCAUUACCACGAAGGUCUGCCCACUACCAGCGGAACCAGGUACAUCAUGGUGUCCUUUGUGGACCCCUAAGUCCCGUGAAAGGAGAAACUUGCUUAAGGAGCUCCAGGAUUUCACUUCUCUAGCAUUUUGGAGGGAUUUCUCUAUUUUUUUAAUGGGAUCAUUUUGUCACAGUGGUGCCUUUUUCUAGAAACUCCAACACACUGUGUGUGUGCAUGUGACUUCUACGACAGGUUUGAAAAAGUAAAAAAGAAAAAAAGAUUUUAGUGUUGAAUUAACUUUUUUACCUUGGUCAUGUAAGUGGGGCUUUUACGAGGACUAUUUAUAUUUGAACAUAAAGAUCCACCUUCAUGCUUGGCUUUGUAUAAAAUGCUUUAAAUUAUUUAAAAGCGAAUGAAUACACUUUUAAGAAUUUUAAGACAAAAGACAAAACUCCAAGCUCGUGAUUUUAUACCAAUUAUGUUGGAUCAAGAGCAAGCACCACUGACAAGUGAGAAUGUGAGCUGUGUUGUUUUAACAGUGUGAACAUAAGUGCUAUACAAAUAAAGUAUAGACUUAAAAUGACAA